GUGUGUGUGUGUGUGUGUGUGUGUGUGUGUGUGUAUGUAUGUGUGCGCGUGCUUCCUGUCCAUGCAUGUACUUUGAUAUAUUUCAAACUUUAAAUAAUUAAUUAAAAAUUAAUUAUAAACUAACAAACAAAAAUAAAUGCACUACAAUCAUCUACAAACAAAAUACAAUUAAUUUCACACUUAAUAAUUAUUUAAAAAAAGUGUUAGUCGACGGCUAAUAUCAUACGAAUCAAAGAGAGCUCUAUGCUACGUGCGAGCAGGAGAGAACGCAAGGGGCACGAAAUAGAGAAUACAUGCCGUUUCACGCAUUGAGUGCAUAGAUCGCCUGAAAAUAUCUAUAAUUCACGUGACUUAUAUUACAGAUUCCCAAACGAUCUAUACGCUCUAUGCAUGAAACGGAACGCAACAAUAGUGUAUUCUUUUCUACAUAACCUUUACUCUCACACCUUAAAUAAAGGCAAAUGGUCGGUCUAGAUAUAUUAUGUCUAUGGUUUUAAUUGACCAAUCAAAACAAAAAAAUUUUUUUAUCUUGAUUAAUCAAUCCUUCUAAUGAGGAUAGAUUUUCGAACGCAACUUAAAUGCUCUAGGCGCGCAAUUUAUCAAUUUGAAAAUUGCAGUGUUUUGUUUUCCAGAGAAGAAGGUGUUUGCUACAAAACUACGUAAUUGUAUGUUUAGGGGCCGAAUAAAAAGAAUAAAAAAAGAGUUUUAUUUAUUAUGAAAAGUGCAUGUUAAAGAUGUUUUAUCCAUUUGAAAUACUCACCUCUCCAAGAGCUGACCUAGCUGUUUGUUGGUUUGCUGCAACAAUGAGCGAGAAAUUAUUUAAGAAGCGCUAUAAACAAGUCACUAUAAAUAAGAUAGAUAUUGCAAAAAUUUGUGGAGAGAUUUUGCGAAUAAUAUGUAAUGGAAAUGAUAAAAAUACAAAGCAGAGAUACAGCUUGUAUCUAUCAUCGCAUUUAAUGUAUGGUGUAACAGAACUUCAGUUAUAUCAGACUGAGUAUUUUGAAAAGGAAGUGCUUGAAAUGCAGAAAAAAUAUGAUGUUACAUUGCAGAAGGAAAAAGAAGAUAUUGAUGCAAUAGAGAAUCUUGACAUUCAUCCAUUUGAGUUAUCUUUGAUGAAAGAAAGUGAUCUUCAAUUGGAUGCAAAUUUGCAUCUGCUUCCAGAUCAAAAUCUAGAUCGUGGAUUACACAUGAGAAUGGAGAAUGCAAUAUGUCAAGAUUUUUUUGGGACUUUUACUGUCGAAGAGUUGGACAUGAUGUUUGAGCAUGAUAUGAUACUUAAUCUGGAGAAAGGAUUGCGGAUCGAGAGCGAAGAGAGAGAGUGCACAGAGAUAAUCAAUGAUGUAGAGAUUCCAGAAGUGAAAGAAAUUCAUCAAGAAAAACGCUCUUCUCAAACAAUUGACAGUCCAGUAAUUGUAGAUAUAUCUAAAACAAAAGCUAAAUCCAAAAAAUUAUCUUUGACUCCGCAAAAACGGGUGCCGCAGGAUCAGCCACAAGUGGAAACACCUACAAAAAGGAGACGGCUAUCUUUCAAGGACACAGUGGCUUCGCCUUUUAUAGAAGAUGUAACAGUUGAAAAGAUAAGCGCGGCAAUAUCUCCACAGCAAGUAGAAUCACAAUUGCAACCCUUACAUUCAGAAUUCUUUGUAAUUAAAAAAUCGAAAAAGAUGAUUGAUAAGAAAAUCAGUUUGAAAGAUAAGUCGUUUCGACAGCGACGUCAGAAUGUGAAUUAUAAUUGCAAACCAUCCGAUAUAGUGCAAAUACGUCGCGUAACACCAGCGAAAGUCAUUUUAAAGCAACCUUCGCAUUGGGAUCAUAAGCAAUGGGCAGCCAAUUUAUAUGAUCUUUUUAAGAAACAUACUAUAACUAGAUCAUUCAGAUCGAGUACAGACGAAAAUAUUGUGCCUAUUGAACUGAUGCAAACCGAAGAACCAUUGCGUGCAGGAGAGACAACAAGCAGGCUGAAUCUUCCUACAGAAUUAAGCACACUUGGACGGGACGCUACUGGGAUUACAGCUGAUGGUUCUGCUUUGGGCAGCAUCGCGAACAUUGUCCCAAUGAUGAAUCUUUAUCCCAAUGACCAAGAUUUUGCUCAUGAAGCUUUAGCGAUACCACUACCAGAAAUGAUCAUUUCAGAAACAGGCAUAAAAGAUAUCACUGAGCUCAGGCAAAUAACGGAUAUAAACGAGGCUGACGAAAUAGAAGAUAUAAUCAGUUUAAUGGAGAGACAACAUUUGAAAAAAAAUGAUGACAUUGUGGAAUCUCCUGUUUGCUCAAUUGAAACAUCGCAAGCUGUGUCUUUAACAAGUCAUGACAUUUUGGCUAUGUUAGAGGUUUUAUGGUGCGAUCAGGAAUGUAUUGAGUUUAAUGCCCUCAUAUCCGACACAUAUUCGCCUAAAGAUGUAACUACAGCUUUCUCCAUUCUACUUGUGUUAUAUGCUGAACAAAAGAUAAUUUUGAUGCAGAAAGACUGCCAUGACAUUCUAUGGAUUCGAAAAUACAACAGUGACUUUGAUUAAAUGGUGCAGUAAUGCAAUUAAUAUUGAUAUAUAUAAAAAAUUAAUGAUCGAAAUAAUAUUAGAAAAUUGUUUAAAUAAUUAAUAUAAUUGUUUAUAUAAAUCAAUGUUAAUUGAAUGCUUUUAGCAAAUUUAUAUAUAAAUUAUUUUUAAUAAGUCAAUAAGAAUUUGUUCUUAUUUUUAAUAUUUGGAGCAAAGGAAAAUGUGAAAUAUCCACCUUUUGCUUCUUUUUUAUAUUAACUUUGAUUCUCUAAUAAGCCUUCUCAGUGUUGCUAAUGAUUAUUAUUAGUAUUAUUUAGCAAUAUUUUAAUCAUAUCAAAGACUUUAAAUGUUUUAAUCAAAUAAAAGAAGGUUAAUAUAUUGUCACAUUUUCGUUAUAUUAUAAAUUACGUUAUCAUCAGACUUUUAUUACAUUAUCAUUAUUUAUAUUUAUAAAUAUGUAUUUUUAUAACUAAAAUGUCAUUCCAUUAUUUGUUUGAUUGCUAGUAUGCACAUGUAUGAACUUUAAUAUUCUUUUGAUAUAGAGAGCAGUUUUUUUUUAUUAAACUUAUUUUAAUAAGUAAUAGUUUUAAUAAUAAUUUUUUCCCUUUUGAUAUUUAGUAGAAAAGAAAAAUGUGAAUAUAUUAUCAACAUGUAUUAUCUCAACAUUAUAUGUUUUAUAUUUUAUAUUAAUAUUUUUUGUGACAAUUUGAGAUUAUUGAGAUUAACUGUAAUGCACACUGGAUACUGUA